GGCAAGGUUUGUUAGUCAGUGUCAAAACUUCUCCAACUGGGCUCACGUUUAUUUUGGUCGAUCUUCAAAAGCUGCUACUUUGUACAAAUUCCGCACAGUAAUUAUUCGGAUACGGCCUGCGACAAGGGCCUGCUAAAGUUUAAGUUGCCAAUUAACUCUGUGAUGCAACAGUGCUUUCAUGGUGGACGACGCAACUUUCGGUGGUGCUGAUUAGGCGAUGCCUCCUAGCCUGGAUGAUUUUAUUCUGAUGAAGGUGAUAGGGAAAGGAUCCUAUGGAAAGGUGAUGCUCGUGCGGCACAAGACCGAGGGAGAGGAACCAGUAGUCUAUGCAAUGAAGAUGCUCCGCAAGGAGAAUGUGAUAAAGCGAAACCAAGUUGAGCACACGAAGACCGAGAGAAAUGUAUUGGAGGCGGUCUCUCACCCUUUCAUUGUGACGCUACACUAUGCAUUUCAGACUCCGAAGAAGUUGUACUUUGUCCUUGAAUACUGUCCUGGUGGAGAGCUUUUCUUCCACCUUAGUCGAGCUGGACGCUUUGCGGAGGGCAGAUGCAGGUUCUACGCCUGUGAGAUCCUGCUGGCCAUCGAGUACUUGCAUAGGCUUAAUAUCAUUUACAGGGACCUGAAGCCAGAAAAUAUCCUGCUGGAUGCUGCCGGCCAUGUGAAGCUAACAGACUUUGGCCUCAGCAAGGAGGGCAUCCAGGACAACUUCUCAGCAAGGUCCAUGUGCGGUACUCCUGAGUACCUUGCACCUGAGAUCUUGGACAAAAGAGGGCAUGGCAAAGCAGUUGACUGGUACUCUUUGGGUGCAUUGAUGUAUGAGAUGCUCACCGGGCUUCCGCCUUUCUACACCAGAGAUAGGGAAAAGCUCUUUGAACGUAUUCGCCGGGGAGAGCUGACCUACCCCUCUUACAUCACCGCCAUUGCAAAGAAUCUACUACAGCAGCUUCUCACAGGAGAUCCUGCGAAGAGACUUGGAGGUGGACCCUCUGACGGUGAGGAGGUCAAAGGCCACCCCUUCUUCACCGGCAUUGAUUGGUUGGCGAUCCUACACCGCAGAGUCAUUCCACCAUUCAAGCCCAACGUCUCAGAGGAGGGUGAUGUGAAGUACUUCGACAAGGAGUUCGUUGACUUGCCAGUCGUAAACUCUGAAGUGGCGGAUGGAGCGCACCUUCGGGAUGUGAACCACUUUGAGGGCUUCACCUACCAAGCCUCGGAUUUGGACGAGCGUGCCAGACCCUGAGCAUUGGAUCCCGCACUCCUGGGCGGAAGGCGUUCCAGAGCUCUACCUGAGAUACUUUACUCUUAAACUACUGCUUACCCUUCCUACUGAAAAAGAAAGGAUUUACUUGAAACACAUUUUGCAGGCAGGAUCCCAAGUUCACAGGGCACGUGCAUUUGUGCGUGUGCAGUGUCUUGCAGAUUCACCACGCGCCCUGGUCACUGUCUCAUGG